GAGAGAGCACGGAUUGGACCCUUCCCCUCAGGACGGGCGCGCUGGCGGGUCAGCCUCCCUCAGCUUCAGAUGGGCGAGGACGCUGAGAGCCCCAAAAUCAACCACACCUUCCUGCGAGACUACGUCACUGAAGCUGAUGUCAUCUCUACGGUGGAGUUUAACCAGACGGGGGACCUGCUGGCCACGGGGGAUAAAGGUGGCCGAGUGGUCAUCUUCCAGAGAGAGACUGAGUCUAAAGGGGAGUCAGAGGAGGUGGGGGAGACAGGGGACUCUGGGGAGUACAAUGUCUACAGCACGUUCCAGAGCCACGAGCCGGACUUUGACUACCUGAAGAGUCUGGAGAUUGAAGAGAAAAUCAACAAGAUCAGAUGGCUGCCACAGCAGAAUGCAGCACAUUUCCUCCUCUCCACCAAUGAUAAGACCAUUAAACUGUGGAAGGUGAGUGAGAGAGACAAGAGACCGGAGGGAUACAACCUGAAAGAUGAGGAGGGACGGCUCAAGGACAUCUCUACCAUCACCUCUCUGCAGGUGCCGGUGCUGAAACCUACAGAUUUGAUGGUAGAGGUUCGUCCCAGGCGAGUGUUCUCCAACGGACAUACCUACCAUGUUAACUCCAUCUCGGUCAACAGCGACGGGGAGACCUACCUGUCUGCUGAUGACCUCCGCAUCAAUAUGUGGCACCUGGGCAUCACGGACCGCAGCUUCAAUAUUGUGGACAUCAAACCAGCCAACAUGGAGGAUCUGACGGAGGUGAUAACAGCAGCAGAGUUCCACCCUCACCACUGCCACUUGUUUGUGUACAGCAGCAGCAAGGGAACCCUUCGACUCUGUGACAUGAGAGCCUCCGCACUCUGUGACAAACACACCAAACUGUUUGAGGAACCUGAGGAUCCAGGCAGCCGCUCCUUCUUCUCAGAGAUCAUUUCCUCUGUGUCGGACGUGAAGUUCAGCCACAGCGGACGCUACCUGCUGACCAGAGACUACCUCACCGCCAAGGUGUGGGACCUGAACAUGGACAAGGGCCCCGUCGAGACAUACCAGGUCCAUGAAUACCUGAGGAGUAAGCUGUGCUCCCUCUAUGAAAACGACUGCAUCUUUGACAAGUUUGAGUGUGUUUGGAACAGCUCAGACAGCGUCAUCAUGACAGGGGCGUACAACAGCUUCUUCCGGAUGUUUGACAGGGAGACGGGGCGGGGCGUAACCCUGGAGGCUUGGCGAGAAAGCAGCAAGCCUCGGGCUGUGCUGCGGACGCGGCGAGUGUACACUGGCGGUAAGCGUCGCAGAGGAGAUGUGGGCGUUGAUAGCCUGGACUUCACCAAGAAAAUCCUGCACAUGGCUUGGCAUCCAUCAGAGAAUAUCAUUGCCAUAGCAGCCACCAACAACCUGUACAUCUUCCAGGAUCGUGUCAACCCUGAGACGCAGGCACAGUGA